UGUCAGAUCCGGCUACACGGGGCCCGAGCUCAUAGGUGGUCAAAUUACACAAAUUGAUCGAUCGGUUGAUUCUGGCAAAAAACGAAGAUCAAAGUCCAAGGUGUGGAAGGAAUUUACCCUGGUGUUAAAUAGUAAAAGUGCAGAGUGUAAACAUUGUCAAAAACAGCUUAGCGCAAAGAGUUCAGGGGGAACAAGUCAUUUGUCCCGUCAUCUGAAGAUCUGCCCUGCACGGCCUGGAACCACCACGAACCAGCCACGCUGUUCACCUCCACAGGCUCUUGAAGAGCUCUCCAGGGCUACAAACUCAAACCUUUGCCUGUUCCCAAUCAUGAGCAUUGCAGGUUUCAGGCACGUUUUGGCUGGCAUGUAUCCUACUUCUAGCAUGAUAUCACGUGUCGGUACUGAAGAACAGUUCAUCACUAUGUUUCAGAAUGAAAGGCUGAAACUUAAAGAGGAAAUAGCAUUUGCACCCGGGGGAGUUUUCUUGUCUGUUGGAAACUGGGAACUUGGAGAAAAAGUUAUUACGUGCAUGGCAGUGCACUUCAUUGAUAGAGAAUGGAAGAGGCAUAGAAAAAUCAUCAGCUGUUUCUGUUCAGAGCUUGGAGAUGCUGAGUCUGAACACUACAUCAGCAUUUUGCCCAAUUGGGAAAACAUGAUAUAUUUAUCUAGUAAUCUCAAUAGUGUAUCAAGACAAACAGUAACGAAAUAUAGUCUUGAGAAUAAGCUUUUGGGAGUUGUGUUGCCUGAGCCAGUGAAGGAUAGUGCAAUGAUAUUGGACUUGGAGAAGAUUCUUACAGGGAAGAACUAUCUUCUUGCCAAAUGUAAGUUAAUAAAUAUACCAUGUUCGGUGAAUGUGGUUCAUCAGCUCUUCAUUUCUGUUCCGAAUGGCCUCAUCCAGGAAACAAGUAUAAAAUGGUUUGGUUACAUGACACACUCUUCACCGUGGAAGGAAAAAUAUCAACAAAUUCUUUCGAGAAUGUGCCUUCACAGACCCUCUUUCGGUUCCAAGAGGUGGUACUCGACUUUCUACCUAAUGGAGGCCGUGUUGCAGUUCAAUAAGACAUUUCCAGAUCCUAUACAGGAGGAUUCUAGUUGGUAUCCGCAGAAACCAUCUUCUAAGUCACUUGAAGCAGCAGAAAGUUUCUGUCUGGUUGCAAGGCCUAUUUAUCAAGCAAUCAGAGUAAUUUCCAGCUCUCGCUCGGCUAUCAAUUCAUAUUUUCAUGCACUCUGGAGUGUGAGGACAGUUCUGCAGGAGUCCUCUGGAAACGUGCGUAUGGAACGUGUUCUCGAUAUCAAGGACAUGCUGAAAACUUUUGACAAAGAAUGGAAAAAGUUGUACUUGUGGCUGUCUGUGGCUGUCGUGCUAGACCCUAGAUAUAAGAUGAGAUUUCUUGAACAUUGCUUUAGACAAGCAUACGGUAAUGGUGCCAAAACGUACAUAUCUGACGUGCGGGGAAAGAUUUAUGAGCUAUUUUUCCGAUACUCUUGCCAUGCUGAUCAACAAAGCAGAAACAACGACAUGGAGAUGAAUAUUCAUGGCAGCGAUCCAUUAGAUGUCACAGAUCAUAAUUACCAUGAACAAGCAACAUAUGAAAAUUCUUUGAGAGAACUGCAUGCAUACCUAGAUGGAGAGCUCUGUCCUCUCAAUGAUGACAACUAUCUAAGCAGCGAAGCCUUACCUCAGAAUGGCCAUUUUGAUAUCCUGAAAUGGUGGAAGGCCAAUGCUUCCAUAUAUCCAGCACUUGCUAUACUGGCACGCGAUGUCUUAGCAAUAUCUGCAUGUGCGGUCUCAGAAGAAUCUGCAUUUGGUGAAACCGACGAAAGGGUGUAUCUAUUCAAUCAAAAGCUGAGUCAUGAGAUGGCGGAAGCUGUAAUAUGCACUCAGGAUUGGUUCCAAGAUUCAGGAAGGAGCGACGCAAAUGGUGGGAACUGCAGUGUGCCUAUUUAACUCGUAGUAAGGUUAUUCUCCUGUCUUUCUGCAUGUCUUUUCUGCUU